GUUUUCACUGCUACUUCUUAACCUGGAAGAAUAUUACUUUGAACAGCACACAGCAAAUCAUAUUACAAAUAAAGGUUGCAGAGAUGAAAGAAAAUUCAGAGGCUCUCUAAAAAUCUGUUCAAAAUCAAUCAUUUUUGAACCUGAUGACAAUAUCCAACCCAUUAUCAAGAUACCACUGAGAGACUGCAUUAGUAUAAAAGCCCCAGAAGACAAUGAAGCAAAUAACCCUUUCACAUGGGAUACAUCUGGAGGGAUUUCUGUUGUAUGUAAUCAGGUUUUUCUCAUUAAAGAAAGAAACAUUAUUGCACCCUAUAAAACAGUAAGAGGUAGAACAGAACACUUAUUCCAACUGGAUGUUGCUGGGAAACUAGGAGAUGUUGUGCAAACUCUGCAUCAGCUUUACAGGGCUUCUUGUCUAGAUAGGAUGGGGGAUCAAGCUGCCAUGAUAACUGCUAUAUUGCAAUCGCGCUUGGCUAGAACUUCAUUUGAUAAAAACAGAUUUCAAAGCAUUUCUGAAACGCUGCAUAUGGAAUGUAAAGCAGAAAUGGUGACACCACUGGUGACUAAUCCAGGGCAUGUGUGUGUUACUGAUGCUAACUUGUACUUCCAGCCUCUUAAUGGAUAUCCUAAACCAGUAGUACAAAUAACACUGCAAAACGUGCGUCGCAUCUAUAAAAGAAGACAUGGCCUAAUGCCACUGGGACUUGAAGUAUUUUGCACAGAAAAUGAUCUAUGUUCUGACAUCUACUUGAAAUUCUACAACUAUCAAGAUCGAGAUGAGUUCUAUUUCCUUAUUGCAACAUACAUAGAAAAUCAUAUAACAGAGCAUACAGCUGAAAGUUAUAUGUUGCAAUGGCAGCGAGGACAUAUAUCAAACUACCAGUAUCUUCUUCAUCUCAACAAUCUGGCUGACAGGAGCUGCAACGAUCUCUCCCAGUAUCCUGUAUUUCCGUGGAUCAUAGCGGACUACUCUAGUUCAGUACUAGAUCUGACAAAGCCUGAAACAUUCCGUGACCUUAGUAAACCAGUUGGUGCCCUAAAUAAGGAAAGACUGGAUAGAUUAUUGACACGUUAUCAGGAAAUGGCAGAGCCUAAGUUCAUGUAUGGGAGCCAUUAUUCAUCUCCGGGUUAUGUUUUGUUUUAUCUCGUUAGAGUUGCUCCAGAAUACAUGCUUUGUCUGCAGAAUGGGAAGUUUGAUCAUGCUGACAGAAUGUUCAACAGGUUUGUUUACAUUUUGUCUGUAACUGGGUUGGUAUUAUUUUCAAAUAUGCAUCAACUGAGUCUAAAGCCUUAAAAAAUAUUUUUUUUUAA